AUGGUUGCGCCAGGAAGCCAGUGGCCCGCCCUUUCAGGGGGGCUGCGCGAAAACUCUGCGGGCAGCCAAAACAUUAACGAACGCGUCCUCGCAAUCAAUUAUGACACCCAGCAGCUCUUAGAACACGUCGGCAAGGGCGGUAAAGUCCCUUCAGCGGUAUUGGAGCAUUUAAAGGCCGUCCGCGAACUCACCGUUGACCUGAUGAAGAAUCCCAUGGGUGCCGACUGGCGACGGGAGUUCGCGGACAUGAAGCAGGAGAUCAUGGAGAUCCGCAAGGAUAUGCAUGGUGUCCGAAUCGCGACUGCGGCGAGCAAGACUAGCACUGAAUCAGGACCCCGAAGAGUACUCUCAUAUGUCGAAGCUGUUAGACGUGGCACAACCGCACCUGCCCACUUCCUCUCCGCUCACGGAUCAGACAGCACUCAGGCGGCCAGCCCCUCCGAGCUCUGGAAGGACCGUGAGAUCAUUGUCAAAUUGGGUGAUGCCGAUGGCAUUGCUCACUUCCGAUCGAUGAAGAGCUCGGAGAUCAAGGACAGAGCUGAGAAGGCGAGGUUCGUGGCAGCGCGUCAGUUGAAAUCCGGAGAUAUCAGUCUAACGCUGAGAUCGGCCAAGGAUGCUGAGGCUGCUCGAAUUCACCGGGGCAAGUGGGUGCAGUAUCUGUGGAAAGGUGCUGAAGUCCGGCUGCCGUCCUGGGGUGUCGUUAUCCACGACGUGAAUGUGAGGUCUUUGGAACCUUCACUCGUGGGGGAGAAUGCCGAGAUAACUCACCUUGCCUGGCUCGUGCUGCCUGAGGCCUACCUGUCUAUCUCGGACCCUGCCCCGAGGAUGGCAGGGUCUAGCUCAGGCUCUGGCGUUAGUCGAGAGCCAGUGAGCUCGGAUCCAACACCGAGGGAAGCAUCCUCCAUGGGUAGCGGCCGUGGACCUGCGAAAACUGUAACAUCUCGAAGCAAUCCUACUUCGAGUCAACGAACUAGCUCUGCCAAGAGCAAGCCGGCUGCUAAGAAGACAGCUAGCUUACCAGUGAGCAAACCGGCCAGCGUGGCUACCGGGGGCAAUGCCACAAGCAUCCUAACCAGAAGCACCGCUGGCCAACCAUCCGAGGCCUCUAUCACGAGGACCCCGGAUAACCAGCAAUCCAAGGAUGCCGAGUGCUUCCCAAUGGAUAUUGAUGUCGAUAUCGAAUUUGACCCAGCGAAGCAGACUGGUCUCUAUCAGUCGAAACAUGCUCCUAGCUCCCGUGCACCUCGAUCGGAGCCGGUGCGAACGAGAAGCAGGGCCGCGGCUUCAUCCCAGGCAUCAUCCCAGGCGUCAUCCCAGGCACCAUCGAUAUCAGCAAUCAUAGGUAAAAGGCGGAAGACGGCGGCACCGGAGGGGGACUCGGAAGUAUCGUGGAACCCGCCACCAUCAUCAUCUUCAGCCCUUGCAGAGAAAGACAGCAACGGCUCAGUGGCGAGGAAGGCCAACAAACCGACUGCCCCCGGCAAGGAGAACCGAAUGAAGAGAAAGCACCUAGAAAUUGACUCUACCAACCCGGCCACGAGAGGCAAUAGACAGGCACGAAUGGGCCAAUGGACGCACCAUGCGCAUGGGAGAGACGUGCAUGAGGUGAGAAUCCGGACAGGUGAGAAAGGUGAGAAGGACCUGCGAGUGGUCAAUAUAUAUAAUCCAGUGGGGUCUAUUGAGACGGUCACGACGCUCGAAGAUGUUUUCGGCCGAAAUAUGAGGUCCAGUAUUAUUGUGGGGGAUUUCAAUCUCCACCACCCAGCCUGGGGAGGUGACAACGCCGUCCAGGAUGCCGAUGCGGAUGCUCUCAUUGAGCUGACUGAUUCAGCUGAUCUGGACCUCUGGUUGGCACCAGGCACUAUCACGAGAGACGAGGCAGGGCAUCAGACCACGAUCGACCUAGUCUUCGGCUCCCAUGAUCUAUCGGACCGCUUCAUCGCCAGCGAGGUUGCCCACGAAUGCCAUGCUCACUCAGAUCACCUACCGAUACGUACAAUAAUCAGCACUGAAACCACUACCCCACUAGACCAGCCAAAGCGCCGGAACUGGAAAGCCAUGGAAACCGACAAAUUCGACAAGUUUGUGGCUAGCAACCUCCGAAUGCCGCUGAUGCAGCACCUUAAUACGCCACGACAAAUCGACGACGCGGUUGAUCACCUCAUAGAGAUAAUAAACCGAGCUGUCGAUGAAUCCACACCAUGGGCUAGACCCAGCCAGUACGCCAACCCCUCUUUUACUGGUGAAUGCCGAGAAGCAGUCAGGGAGACCCGACGGCUGUUUCGACGAUAUAUCGCCACACAUAGUGAGGAGGACUGGGAGGUUUAUAAACUAGCAAGAAAUCAGAAAGGACGGAUCGUCAAAAGAGCACUGAGAAGCGGCUUCCGGGAAUUCGUCAAGGAGGCCAUUGGCCAGGGACCCCAGGGUCUCUGGCGGAUGUCCAAAUGGGCCAGGAAUCGAGGGCAAGGACAGAGCAGCAGCAGUAUCAUGCCGCCGUUAAAUACGGGAAAUGGCAUUGCAGAAUCGAUCGAUGAGAAGGUCCAAGCAUUGCGGGAGGUCUUCUUUCCAGCACCGCCAAUAGCUGAUCUCUCAGACAUCGACGAGAGCCCAGCGAAUCGAAAGCAGAUCACUUUCCCAGCUAUCACUGAGCAAGAACUGGCCAACGCAAUAAGACGCACACCUCCGAAUAAGGCCCCUGGGCCGGAUGGCAUCCCAAACAAGGUCUAUGAAGAAAACGUAUGGCUCAUUGAAAAAGCUCUCGAGAGAGCUGACCAGUGGGCCAAGCGUCAUGCAGCAAGGUUUGCACCUGACAAGUUCGAACUAAUCCACUACAGCAACCCACGCGCCGCCAUCGAACCCUCUCCGAGUCCUCCCUCCGAAUACGACGUCUGGGCCGUCCCCGAUGACCCCUGUGGUCAUGAUCAAAUGCCAGUAACAGUGCCAGGUGGAACGUCAAUACAACCAUCAGAACAUGCCAAAUACCUUGGUGUUUGGCUAGACAAACAGCUCAACUUCUCAAUACAUCGCAAGAAGCUACUAGCUAAGGCCGCCAGCAGCUUGGAAGCCCUCCGGGGUAUCUCAGGGUCUACGUGGGGUGCAUCGUUGAUGUCCAUGCGUAAACUCUACCAGGCUGUCAUUGUACCCCAAGCCCUCUGGGGCAUCUCUGCCUGGUAUUGCCCUGCUGCGCGCAAGAUACCAGCCUGGGAGAUGGCUCGGCUGGUCAAUGAGCUUGUGAAGCUCCAAAAGCGCGCGGCGGUGCUAAUCAGUGGUGCUUUUAAAAGCAUCUCUACUGCUGCCCUCGAUAUAGAACUCUUCUUGUUACCAAUGAAAUUACGCCUACAGCAGACCAUUGAGGAAGGCACAAUCCGCAUCCUCACUGGACCUCAAUGGGCAUGCCCCCGAUCGGCCAAGGUGGCUAGGAAACCGAAGGAACGGAGGAUGGGAGGAUGGACACCCCUGGAAACAUUGGUCUGGAAGAAGGGACCGAUCAAAUUGGACUGUGCGGAGAAAUGGGAGGAAAAGUUUGCAUUCGUACUACCACCCUGGGAGAGACGCAUCUCGUGUUUCAUUGAACCCUCGGAGGCUGCAUUGGCAACCCAUGACUCUAUCAUCCAACGCAAGAGGACACUGGAAGGAAGUGAGACCUUCGCAAUGACAUACACCGACGGCAGUGGCUUCGAAGGCCACAUUGGUGCAGCUGCCGUCAACAUCCAUGACGGUGAUACCGUCAUCUCCGACCGCAGACAUCUCGGCACGGAGAGCCAGUCCACGGUGUACGCUGCCGAGCUCAGCGGCAUCGAGAUGGCAUUGGCUAGGGCCAUCAGCGACAACAAGGCCAAUACAAAGGAUACUAGAUCAAAACGAACAACGGCUCGAGAGGUGAUUAUUCUCUCCGACAGCCAGGCUGCUAUUCAAGCAGUCCAGAACCCACAGCGACCGUCGGGU